CUGGCUUCGACUUUUGGCUCUGGCUUGUCUUCCAACCACCGUCCAACCACCGCCCUACCACCGUUCUGUCAGCGGUUUGCCCUUUCCGCUUCAUCUUCUUCGCCACUCUGCCCGACACAGGCAUGCUGUCGGCUUUCCCGGCCGACUUCUCUCCAAGACCACCCCGACCGCCACCGCCCACCCUGAUUGCGCUGUGCUUCUCUGCCUGCCAUGCCUGCCUCGGCCCCAAGUCUCUCUGAAUCCACUCUCAGUCGUGCCUCGACGCUCCAGAAGCUCCUCAAGUUCAAGAACAUUGGAAAGUUCGGCGGCAUUUGCUUCCUCUACUGCUCCAUUCUGGGGCCAAGUGUGCCUCAAAUCCAGUCGCUCUUCCAGCAGUACGGAUAUGUCACGAUAUCGCUGCUCUUCCUGGCGUUCGCCAUUAUCAGCGCCAUCGGCGCACUCUUCAUCAUCGAGGCGAUGCAGUGCAUCCCCGGCAAUCGCCACUUCCAGGGCACGAUCGAGUACGGCACGCUCAUCAACUUUUACUUCAGCCCCAAGAUGCACUACGUUGGCCAGCUGUUCUUGUAUCUCUCCCUCGUCUUCUCUAGCGCCGUCUCUAUCAUCCAGUGCAUCCAGAACAUGGAUUCGAUCAUCAUUGACAUCUUCAAGAGCACAUGCGGGAUCGGUAUUGGAAACGGACCCAAAGGCUGGCACUGUGUCGGCAGCUCGGCCGUCGUUCAUCCAGGCAACCAAUAUAUGGACUAUGGCAACGGCGUCAUGCUUGUGACUCUGGGCACGCUGGUCAUGGUCAUGGUAAUCGUUCCUCUCUCGCGAUCUAGUCUCAACGACAACAUUUACGUCCAGAUCGCUUCGUUCUUUGUCACAAUCGCCGUGUUUGGGUUGUGGUUGGGCGUCUCUCUCUAUGCGGGCGCGACGAGCGGCUGGCAAGCCAUUUCGCCCUUUGGCCAGACACCCGACGGCGGCGCAUUCGGUCCGAUUAUGCUGAGCUAUGCCUUCAUCACGGUGGUUCCGUCGUGGGUCAACCUCAAGGAAAAGUCCAUCAACGUCCAGCGGACGAUCUGGGAGUCAGUUGGGAUCUCGUUUCUGACGUACAUCAUUGUUGGGCUCAUUCCCGCCCUGGCCUUCAGCAUCGACAGCAACUCGAAUCUCCUGCUGGUCUUGAAUACCCGAAGCCUGAUCUUUCGCAUCGCCAGCUAUCUUUACGUCAUCCUCGUCCUGAUAUCGUCCAUUCCAGUUUACAUCAUUGUCAGCUACGACAACUUGAUGCAGAAUAAGGUCUGCUCAUCGCCGGUGGCAAUCGUGCUUUGCUAUAUCGUGCCCUGGCUACUCGCCGUCCCUUUCCUCGGCGGCCCCUGGCUCAGCAUCAUCACCAACUGGUCGUCGGUGCUGUUUGUGUCGAUUGCAAACAUGAUCAUCCCCUUUGUGAUCUACCUGAAAGCCGUCAGCUUCCGAAAGGCAUACAACUCGAAGCGCGAGCUCACACCGCACCAGAAGGAGCUGCUCAGAUCCAUCCACAAGCCGUCGAACCGAAUCAUCGAGUACCUUGACCGGGACUUUGCCGACCCCAGCAAUGUCGGCGAGCGCGUGCUCGAAUUCAUCCGCUCGCUCACCGGAUCAUCGAGGACGCCGACGAUGCAGAGCCGGAGUAUCCACGAAGAGCCCGGCAGAGGACGAUCGAGCACCGGCUCGCGGGAGUCGCGAGGCUCAGUCGGUGGCUCUCCCUCGAGCAGCCCGGUGUUUGGAGCGAUGCUGACUGUUCCCAUGGCCGCUGGCCGACAGUCGAAGGACUUUGACCCCUUUCGCGGGCAACCGGCGGCGCUCGAGGAGAACAGGGACAUCAAGGAUAUCAAAGACGUCAGAGACAUCAAAGACUUCAAAGACGGCAAAGACAGCAAUGCAAGUGGCGUCGAUAUUGAUGAAAUGCUGGAGAUCUUUGGCGAUGUCGUUGACCCCGACCUCGACGACGACGAGCGGAACAGGAACCCCCAGUCGCGGGUGCCACCGUUUGAGAUUCCCGAGAUUCGCAUCUACGGCCCCGAAUCGAGCUCCGAGGCCGUGAAUGUGAUCCAGUUCGCAACUAAAUCCUCGAUCAAGCCGGCAGCAGUGCCAUCCGCAGACGAAGGCCGAGGCGACGACCGCCAGCACGGACUCUCUGUUCAGAAGCUGCGAGAGAAGACGGCCUCGCUGAUGUCUCGCCAGACCGGAAGCGCCCUCAGCCUGUCUUUCUACGGCAUCAAACCCUGGGGCUGGUCCAGCGGGCCAUCCUCGCCGACCACCGCCCAGGAGGUGCCCAACCUCGAUCGGCCGGCAAGCGACGACGCAUCGAUCCGGUCGUCGCCCAAAUCAUCGCCCCUGGAUCCGCCCUGCCCUGAAAUCGUGGAGCCUUCGAGCGAACAGCCAUCGCCCAAGAUGGGAUGGAGCGAUAUCCCGCUGGGAACCGCCACAACGAAUCCAUACAGCCGAUCCAGCCUUUCGAUCGCCGAGAGACGUCCCGAGAGCCUGGCCAGCAAGCCGCGACCACAGCCGCCGCUGCGGCAACAGUCGAUCGACACGGUGUCGUCCCUGCGGCCGGGAACGCUGCCGAUCCACCCGCAGUUUGUGACGCCGGUCUUUCGGUCGCUUCCCAAGUCGAUCCCGAUCUCGGGGCUGUAUGUGGCCUAUGCGUCGGUGCUGAUCACCCUGGCGGUCUCGGUGGUGUCGGUCGUCAAUCUUGUGACGCAGCUGUCGCAAAACUGAGCGCAGGUAGCGAGUCAGAUGGCGAGGGAGAGCGCCUGUCGUGUUCAAGUCAUGGUCUGUUGCAAAUACAAUUUACAGUCUAUCCAGAAAGAAA